AUGGUGCAGCCUUAUGUGACGAGGGGGGUGAGAGGAGGAGGAGGAGGAGGAGGAGGAGGAGGAGGAGGAGGAGGAGGAGGAGGAGGAGGAGGAGGAGGAGGAGGAGGAGGAGGAGGAGGAGGAGGAGGAGGAGGAGGAGGAGGAGGACAAAGCCGAGUCGGGCCCUUUUUGUUGCCAAAUAGACCGCUGUCGAUGCAACUGCAGCGCUUCAGCAUACAUGAGAGCGAUCCUAUCGUGUUCCAUGAGCAAUGCCAUACAUCUCCCUGCUGCCUCCUUGGUUCCCUUGGGCAUUCUUCUUCGCCCUACACCCCCCUCCUCGUUCCUUCCCCAUCCGCUCCUCCUCCCCGGCCUCCCUUCUGCAUCCCCUCUUCUCCCCCUUCCUCCUUCCCCUUCUCCUCCUCCUCCUUCCCCUCCCCCUACACCGAGCCCACCCAUCACCCCGUGCUGCUUUCCCCCCCCUCCCCCUGCCUCUCCCCAUGCGUGCAUCCUUCCUCCCACUUCUGUCCAGGCGGAGUUGGGGGACUGGCUUGGGAGAGAACCGUUUACAACUUUAUUCUUCCUUAUAACGCCCGAACCUCCCUCCACAACCUCGCCCCCCCUCCCCCUCUCCCUACCCUCAUCCCCUUCCCUCCUCCCCACCCUUCCCCCUGCCGCCAACACAGAAUUUCUCAGCCAAUCAGAAUAGAGGAGGUCACGGGAUUGGCGGAUAUGGAGGAGGUGAGAGAGAAGGGCGGAGGGAGAGGGGGGAGAGGAGGGUGA